UGGGCAGGCCCUCCCAAGAGCUCUUGAGUCGUGUCCGUGACAGCGUUUAUACAAACGACGGAGAUGUAUGUUCGUCGAGGCGUAAAGCUACACCGUGCAAUGCUGGGAGAGACUCAGCAGCCACGAAGAUAGCCAUAUGCCAUAAAGCAGCACCAUGACACUGUCGUUGUCGAACCGAGUUCUAGUUUCCAGUAUCCACUCUCCCAUCAUUCGACAACUUCUCCAUAUCCCCACUAGGUUGUCAAUAUGGUCACCCUCACGAGUCUGUGGAGUGCUCCCACAAUCAACCCCAUCAAUAAAAAGGCGAGAACCAUUCCAGUACUGAACCCAUUCAACCAAUAUGGCCGAGUGUUUUUCUUCUCGUGGUUUGGCUUCUUCAUUGCCUUUUGGAGUUGGUAUGCUUUUACACCAUUACUCAGUUUGACGAUCCGUCAAAACUUGAACCUCACACAAACGCAAAUCGCAAAUUCCAAUAUUGCUGCUCUGACGGGAACCCUCCUCGUGCGCUUCGUGGCUGGCCCUCUAUGCGACCGAUUUGGCCCGAGAUGGACAUAUAUCAUCAUCUUGCUGUCUGGCUCCAUACCCACAGCAAUGGCAGGACUUGUGAACAAUUGGCAAGGCCUCAUCGCUCUGAGGUUCUUUGUUGGGAUUCUCGGUGGCACUUUUGUGCCAUGCCAAGUGUGGUCCAUGGGAUUCUUCGAUAAGAACGUGGUGGGCUCGUCCAAUGCUCUGAUUGGGGGUUGGGGUAAUGCUGGAGGCGGUAUCACGUACUUUUUGAUGCCGCAGAUUUACGACAGUCUCCGCCUCGACCAAGGCCUCAGCUCGGAUCAGGCAUGGCGAGUAGCGUUCAUCGUGCCUUUCAUCUUGAUCGUCUCCACGGCAGCCGGCAUGUGGCUCUUCUGCGACGACACGCCCACCGGAAAAUGGAGUGAACGACACAUUGCCGCCGAACAGCUUCGGCAGCAAAUCGUGCAAAUUCCCGGCACCGUCCCCAGCGACUCCAGUCUCCCCGGCAGCGACAACAGCAAACACGACGUCAAAGGCGAAAAACUCGACAUGGAAGCGCACGUGACAGCUCCUGACGUCCAAACCGGCCAAACCCUCGACGCCGCCAAAGAAGAAGUCAUCCUCGCUCCCACCCUCCAAAACACCCUCCGCAUCCUCCGCUCUCCACAAACUCUCUUCCACUGCGCCACCUACGCCUGCUCCUUUGGCGGCGAACUCGCCAUCAACUCCUACCUGGGAGCCUACUACCAACGCAACUUCCCUUCCUUGGGCCAAACCAAUGCCGGCCGCUGGGCAGCCAUGUUCGGCCUCUUAAACGUCGUCACGCGACCCCUCGGCGGCAUCGUCGCAGACAUUCUCUACAAAUACACACACUCCCUCUGGAUCAAAAAACUCUGGAUCGUCUUCGUCGGAGUCGUUUCAGGAGCAUUUCUCAUCGCCAUCGGAUUAACAGACCCCGGAUCACAAGGAAUGAUGUUUGGUUUAAUUGCAGGUAUGGCAGUUUUUUUGGAAGCUGGGAAUGGAGCGAAUUUCGCCUUGGUGCCGCAUGUGCAUCCCCAUGCGAGUGGAGUGCUUUCGGGGACGAUUGGCGCUGUGGGCAAUUUGGGUGGAGUGGUGUAUGCGAUUGUGUUUCGGUAUCAUGGGACGGAUUAUGCGGAGAGUUUUUGGAUUAUUGGGAUUAUGGUUAUUGGGUUGAAUUUGAUUUUGUGUUGGGUGCAUCCUGUGCCGAGGAGUCAGAGGGUUGCGGGGAGGUAGGCCGUGAUGAUGAUGAUGAUGAUGAUUGCUUAUGAUGUUAAAGAAGGAGGGAGGGAGAAGAGAGAGAGACCGUGAGAUACCAUAUACCUUACCUUACCUAGACUUGCUAUUGAAAAAGAAAAUCAG